AUGGAGUAUGAAAAAAUCGAGGAAGCUCGUCGCAAGCUAAAAGCCAGCGAACUUGAAAAACAAAGCACAACAGAGCUUGCCAAAAAAACUGGCGAACGAGGCGGCGAAUUUUCCAGUGACGAUGAGGAGGAAGAUGAGGACAAGUAUGCUGAAAGUUCAGACAUGCCUGGUCAAAAAGUCAAUACAAAGACGCGUACCACCAUCAGAAACCUCAGAAUUCGUGAAGAUACCGCUAAAUAUCUAAGAAAUCUUGAUCCUAACUCUGCGUACUACGAUCCCAAAACACGUUCUAUGCGUGAUAACCCGAAUAAGGAUAUGCCAGCUGAGGAUGCCGUAUAUGCUGGUGACAAUUUUGUUCGUUACUCGGGUGAUGCUCGACAAAUGGCAAAUUUGCAAUUAUUUGCAUGGCAAGCCUAUGAAAAGGGAACAGAUAUUCAUUUGCAAGCUAAUCCGACACAAGGCGAAUUGCUCCAUAGAGAGUAUUUAACUAAGAAAGAGAAACUCAAGGAUUCUAGCAAGGACUCUAUCCUGGCUACCUAUGGCGGGGAAGAACAUUUAGAUGUUCCACCUAAGGAGUUGCUGCUUGCUCAGACAGAGCAUUAUGUAGAAUAUUCGCGGACAGGAAGGGUUAUUAAAGGUCAGGAGAAGGCAAAGGCGAAAUCCAAGUACGAAGAAGAUGUCUAUACAAACAACCAUACAUCAAUCUGGGGUUCAUAUUGGGCGGAUGGAAAGUGGGGUUACAAAUGCUGUCGUGCCUUUAUCAAAAAUUCCUACUGUACUGGUCUUGCUGGUAUCGAAGCCGCCUCUUCUAAAAAUCUUAGGAAGGGUAUUAUUAAAGAGAAGGCAGACGAUGAUGUUAAUAUACAUGUCAAGAGGAAGCACCUUGGUGAAGGAGACGUGCAGCUGGAUUCCAAGAAAUUGAAAAAGGCUAUUGAGAACGAAACGAAAAGACAGGCUAAACUGUCACGGGAAGAAACAGAUGAUCGAAAACGGCCGUAUAAUUCAGCAUUUAUGGGUAAAGAUUCGAAAGUCGACAAGGAAAUUACGGAAGAGGAAUUGGAGGCUUAUCGUUUGAAGAAGUUAUCGCACGAGGACCCGAUGGCUAACUAUGUUGAUGAAGAAGAUCUAUAA